AUGAAUCACCGUAGUAAUUCAUCUGAAAUCGCACGACGUGGUCGUAGUCGUCAUGGUAUUAGUAUUCCAGGCCUCAAUGUUGAUAUUGAAAUGCUCGUCCAAAGUACACAGGGUUCAGCAAUGCAUUUUGGACGCAAGUCAUCAAACGAAAAAUUCCAUGGUUGGUUGUGGAAAAAGUCUGGUCGCUUUUCGAAAUGGCGGAACCAACAUUUUGUAUUGGAUGGUGCUUUACUAACGUAUUAUGAUACGUUCCCAACGGACCAAUUUGUCUCGGAAUCAUCCUUAAUGCCAAUCCAGGGUGACAGUUUAUUUACAACCAAGAGUGAAUCAACACCUGCAGGUGCAGUUCGAGUUGCACACGUUGAGACGUCGCCAAAAUCGAAGAUUGCAUUCAAGGUCUAUGCUGUUAGCGGGAAGAUUAUUGAUGUACGUGCCAAGAAUGAUACGUUGUGUAGACAGUGGGUGGAUCGAUUGAAUGAAGCAGCGGCCAUGGCGAAACGACAAGAGUCUCUAAAUAUUAGCACAACAAGUACUGCUUCGUCAACAGUUUCAGUGGGCUACUCGGAUUCAGAGCUAGACUUUCAGUGCAAUAUUGUGGACAAGAGUGGAUGGCUCGAAGUGGGUGAUCGCAAGUCAAAGCGAGCACGAUUUUGUGUCAUGCAGGGAAACAUGUUUACAGUCUACGAUACGGAAGACGCGUGGGCUGUACCUCUUAGUCGUGCGUACGUGACUCGUGCUGAGAAGGUGAGUGAAGCAACAUGCGAGUUUUCAGUGUCGACGACUGCUGGAAAAAUUACCAAAUUGCUUAUGUGCAAGGUACGGUCCCACGAUGAAAUGCACUUGUGGAUGGAGGCGUUAAGCAGUGCGUCCGAUUAA